AUGAUGAAAAUGUUACCUUUUUUCCAAAGUGGCCCUAUUGGAAUACGCAAUGGAUCAGAGGGUUGCAUUGGUGAAAACAGGCAGCUUGAAAACCCUUCGACACCAGUAGCUGAGAAAGUCCCUGCCUGUCCUGAACCUUCUGUAGACGACAUCUGGUCCAGGGACCAGGAGAAGAUGAGUGAAAGGCCAGAGACAGCCUGCAGACCCUCACGUGCAUCUUCCAUCACGAGCAAUGGGAGCUGCACCUCUGCUGGAGACAGCCCUGAAAAGGGGAAGAAGGGAAUAAAGGGAAUCUUUACAAGUGCACUUAAGAAGAUGAAAAAGGUCAAGCCACCCAGUGUCAAACAAAUCAUGGAUCUCCUUGAAGAGCAAAAGUUUUGUGACGCUGCCCAGCAUCUGAUUAUCCUGGAGAAGAGCCUGUCUAGCAAAAGUGAGGAGGGACUGAACACCAGCCAGCAAGAUGUCGAGUCUGUCUACGAAGUUCUGAAGCACAAAGUCUUCAGCAUCUUGAAAGACUCCGUACUGCUAGCAAAAACAAACCCAGAACUGCUGCAGCAGGCAGUAGAGGCACUGAAAGAGCAGGAGAAAGAAGAUCAGAACUACAUGUCAGAGAAUCCACCUGACCAAAACAUGCAAUUUAGACCUAGAAAAUGGAAAGAGCUUUGGCUGGCUACAGUAAAGGAGUCGGUAGAGACUCGAAUGAAAGACACGAGUCAUACUCCUAGAACUGAGAACCUCUCUACAGUUGGCCAAAACCUCCUGCACAUGGGGAAGACAAUGAAAGAAGACUUGACAGUAGUUGUAAAGUACAUUAAACAGCUUUAUCCUCCUGAGUUUAACAUGUUCAGCACAUAUGCAGAACUCUACCACAAUUAUUUUGCCUCCCAGGCGAAGAAAAGUGCAGAGUCUCCUCUCGAAGACAAGGAUAUCUACCUUCUCCUCUCAUGGGUGCACAACAUUUAUCCAAAAGAUAUGAGAAAAGAUCACGUUUUAGCUGAGGAGUUGGAAAAAGUUAAGCUUGGAAGCCUUUUGCCAUCAAGUCUGAGCAAAGAGCUUGAAAAGAAAUACCUUGACGGUGAAGAGGUUACUAUCAAAAAUUCACUGAGCAAAUGUUUAGACAAGGAAAUCCAAAGAUGGAAAGAAGACAAAGAACCAGAGAAACUAAAUGGACAUUUUCAGAGUGAACUACUAGCAAUAUUUGUUAUCCAGAGUAUCUACAGCGGCCAGAAGCGAGCCAGGGACAUCAGCGCGGCAGUGGGCGAGGAGCUGUCGCAUCGCCUGUCGACGGAGCUGCCGGCCUUCCUGAAAAGCUACAAGGAUGCUUUUGAAGACUUUAAGGAGAAAAGCAAGAAGCACAGAUACUACAAGCCUAUACUGAUUGCAAAUAUUAACAACUGCUGGAAUUUUAGAGACUACGCAGAUAAAAACAUGGCAGAAAAGGAUGACAACAAAGCCAAUAUCCUCAGCACCCUUGGCGACAUUGAAAACAGCGGCUUUGACGUGCUGCUCCAGCAGCUCUUUGCCCAGCUGAAGCCAAUUUAUAAAAAGUUUACAGAAAAUAAGUGGGACUCCAGCAAUGAAAUUAUGAAUGAGAUUAUUAAAACCACCAGCAAACAUAUUUCAGACUUCCGGACCCUAAAGGACCCUUUCUACCAGGCUAUUGUCGAGAAGAUCCAUGCUCGUUUGGUUAAAGAGUACAUCGUGAGGCUGCUGAAGAGAAAAGUCAGCCUGAAAACGCCAGCGCAACAGCAAAACCUGGCCCAAAAUGUCUCCAAGAACGCUGCCGAGCUGGAAGCCUUCUGCACCAGCAAUGGCUCUCAAGCUACGUGGCUGAAUUCUGCGCUCCCCAAACUGGCUGAAAUAAUCCGACUUCAGGAUUUGGGUGCUAUUAAAAUUGAGGUUGCAACACUCGCCACGACAUACCCCGACAUCCGCAAAAGGCACCUGGAAGCGUUCCUGCACAUCAAAGCCAAUUUGUCACGCAGCGAACUGAAAAGUAUCCUGGGCUACUUGGCAGAUAGCACGGCAUCCACACUGCCCGGGACCCCGCUCUUCUCCAACAUCAACGUGUCCUAG